CUGUGUGGGCCGGUCUUGGGAGAGAGGUGUGAGCGAGCGCGUUGUCUGGAGUGCACCUGCUUCCCGUCCUGUCUAUUCCCGGAGUCUCCGCCGUCGAGUCGCCAUGGAAGUGCAGAAGGAGGCGCAACGAAUCAUGACUCUGUCCGUGUGGAAGAUGUACCACUCGCGCAUGCAGCGUGGUGGUCUGAGGCUACACCGGAGUCUGCAGCUGUCGCUGGUCAUGCGUAGCGCCCGGGAGCUCUACCUCUCGGCCAAGGUGGAGGCCCAGGAGCCCGAGGUGUCCUUGACUCCCGCCCACUGCCCUGACCUUCGCCUGCACCCGCCGCGGGAAGCGGAAGCCGCAGAUGAGGCAGCACCCUCCGACGGUGAGCAGCCCUCCCCGGAGCCCAUGGACACUCAGGAAGCUCCUCCGAGAGCCGAAGAGACCCUUGCUCGCUGUGCCCCGCGCUCCGCCAAAGUCAGCCGCAAACGGCGGAGCAGCAGCCUGAGCGACGGCGGGGACGUCGGACUGGUUCCGAGCAAGAAAGCACGUCUGGAAGAGGAGGAGGAGGAGGGAGGCGCGUCGUCGGAGGUCCCUGAUCGCCUGCAGCCCCCUCCGGCGCAAGCGGAGGGCGCCUUCCCAAAUCUGGCCCGCGUCCUCCAGCGGCGCUUCUCCGGCCUCCUGAACUGCAGCCCCGCCGCCCCCCCGACGGCGCCGCCCGCGUGCGAGGCUAAGCCGGCCUGCCGCCCGACGGACAGCAUGCUGAACGUGCUUGUACGGGCCGUGGUGGCCUUCUGAGGACCCCGAACGGCGCUGCCGGAUCCCAGAGUGCGGACCGAACCGUCGGCCCGAGUGCGCAGACCCGGGGCGAGGCCCCCACCACCUUGGGGGGAGCGCCCGCGGAAGCCGUGGAGAGGAGCCACCGGCCGGGCUGCGAGAGACCCGGAGAGGGACUCUUUCUGCCCCCAGGGAGCCGCCGCCAUCUGUGUGCAGCGGCGGCACCGAGGAGUCUGAGCCGGGGGCGCGGGCGCCUUCCGCCGAGACCUGCCGCGCCCACAGGUGCUGUCUUAAUGGACUGGGACAGGGAUCGUUCCCUCUCCUCUGGACUGGGAGAAGGGAGACUUGGUUCUUUAACCUCCUCAGGGUCGGACUUUAUUUUUUACUGGGGGCUGUGCUUGUGCUGCCCUCUCAAGGUUUUUCAAUAGUUGGUGUUUGCAUUUCCAACCUCAGAGAAUUCCAGGCGCUCUCCUUCCCCCUCUGGUGACAUACUUGUGCAAGCGGUCAUCCUUGCGUCAUGGGGCAGAUGUGGGAGCUUCCUGUUGCCUUGCGUGGGUGUGGGGCCUGGGAGGAGGGUCUGGGGUGUGGACCCGCCCUGGGGAGUGGGAGGAGGGUGCCUGAGUCACUUCGCCCCCGCGUGCUGCUGGUUAGUGCCCCGCACCCCUGCGUCUUCGGGUGGGAGCGGGGACUGAUGUAAUUUCAGAUUUAAAUUUUUCUCAUCCGGUGUGUUAGAGUUGGCCAGUACGUUCUCAGUCUCAAGCGUGACCCUCUCAGACACAUGGACGCAAUCAACCCAGACGUUCCUGGUCUCGGUCACGAAAGUGGGGGUAUACAAAGGACUGUAAGGCUGAGCUGGGACCAGUUGCUGUUGAGACUGGGCCAGUUUGGGGAAGGGGGGAUAGGAUUCUUCACAGGGCGUUUCUGAGGGUCUGCUGACCAUUCCUGCGGUGGAUUCUGUUUAAUUCUGUCUACCUGGCGUUUUGUUAGAAAUAUCAGAUAGGAAAAUAAAGACUAUUUGCCUAAAAA